AGCUCCUCCGGUGGCCCCAGGAGGCCUGGCUGGUGGCUACAGAUAGCCACACAUCCAAAGCUGCCUCAAAUAACAUCCACUAGCUCAGCUGCUGCUCCUCCUCCCCCAUACUCCAAGAUCAGAAUUGGAGGGCUUCUGCUGCAGCAUCAGGCAGGCGUUCAACAAGGAUGCCGGGCAGCAUCCGAAUCUCAGACAUUCAGCCGCCGGUCACCGCCCCACUCUUCUUGCAAGUUAAUGUAGGGAAGAAAGAGUACAGCGGAGACAUAGGGCAACACGGAUUCUCCCUUCCUGUUACAUCGAUUCGCGAUAGCAUGGUGAUGACGCUGUACAAUGCAGACAAGGAAUUGGUAUCCAAAACAGAGGUGAAGACAAAGUUGAUUGUUGAGUUGGGAACCAUGGAUGCUGUUUUUACUCUUGAUAGUGGAGGGACAAUUAUUCUCCAGUUGCAGUUUUUUCUCAGCGAUGAAGACCGCAAGCGCAUCCAAGAGAUGAGGAACUCUGUGAUGAAAAGAAAGCAGCAAGAGCUGCUUGGGAAUGCCGAUGAACUUUAUUUCCAAGAAGACAGCCCACUGCCUAAAGAGCAUGCAGAAGAUAUCCCCGGCAUCCCAAGCAAAGAUGACCAACUGACGCUUCGGAAGAGCAUGUCGUUGGAUGAUCUGAAAAAGAGGGUCGUCUUCUCCGAAACAAGUGUAGAUUCUGGCAUGGUGGCUUCUAAGGACCUACCGUUGCAAAUUGGUGGUAAUACUUCGAUGCUCGAGGGUCCCAUCGACAUCAACUCCAAGAAAGGACAGGGUAAACCAAAGAGUAGAUCAAGCAGCGCGGUGAAGAAGAUGAUAAGUGCCUUCGAAAGCAGCUCCCCACAGGGUCUGCCUUCGGUGCCAAGGAUCAGAUCAGAGAGCUCGUUGGAAGAGAUGCCAUCGGUUUCUUCUUCAGAGACUUCCACCAACCCUUCACGCAAGCCUCCUACUCCCGGUGCAUCAGUGGACGCUCCAGGCCGCACCCAGACAGGUCCCAGGCCAGGGAAGCAAGCCAUGAUCAUUGGCAACAAGAAACCAAGCACAUCUUCUGGAAAGACCGGCCCGUUAAACACACAAGAAAGCCGAAGACGGAGCUCCAGGCAGAGCGCAGGAGCGAGCGACAUGAUUCGCUCGGAGAAGCGGUCAGCGGAAAAGCGCCGGCGUCGCUCCAUUGGCACCUACUCAUCGGAGCAGCAGGUCAACCCUUGUGGUGCGACGUCUAGCGUCGCGUGGAUCAGCCAUCCGCACGUCUGCAUCACCACUGCGAGCAGGCAGCUGAAAGACAUUGUUGACGUCGAGCACCUGAAUUCGAUGGAGAACUUGGGGAAGGGCGCAGGUGACGGCGCGGCGCGGUGGCCUGAUGGUUUCCCGGUGCUGAAUGGAUGGUUGAUUAACCAGGGUGUGCGUGGUGUGAUAGUGAUCAUAGCUUGCGGAGCUGUGUUUUUCAACAACAGUUCAGUUAUACAGUAGAAGGGUAGAGGUGGCGUGGUUAGAGAGCACGUUGAGGGCACAUGAAAGCCAACAUGAAACAACAUGAGGAAGAGCAGCGCCGGGUCUACAAGUGGAUGCUGGAGGAGAAGCGCAAGGUGAAGCCGCGCGACGCGGCCGAGAAGAAGAGGCUCGACGACGACAAGGCCCUGCUCAAGCACAUCAUCCGUGCCGACACCCUCCCGGUGCUCUGAAACGAGGGAGGCUCACCACCACCAGACUUGACUGCUGUAGAAUAAUAAAGUUGUCACUGCCUGAUUGAUGGUUUGGUUCCUCUCUGCUAAGAGAAUGGCUUGAUUGGACUCUUUUGUUAGUGCGAUUGUGUCGUACGUGUGCUACUGUUAUUAUGCUCUUAUUUAUGUGGAUUUCUUGCUUCUUCAAGAUAAGGAUUUGGUUUGUCUCAAAACAAGAUGGUCAAACUGAUUCAUUCAUGUGUCACAA